AAAGCACCUGCUGCAGCAACAGACCGCUUUUAUCAUCAUCUGAAAGCGUGAACAGUUUCAGAUCGCUACUUCCGAUGCUUGUGCCAGCUCAUGGGUGACUGUAGAAGAAACAGAUCCCUCCUUUGAUUGGCCACAAAAGCGCUACGUGGACAUCGGGCAGCAACAGGUAGAGCGCGUGACCGUUAUCAUUUCAUUCUGACUGCGGCUGCCAGGACGACAACAGCGCUUCACGUCAACGAAUUAUCGCUCUUUGCAAGGCUCUUAUCGCGCAAACAUCAUCUCGAGUUUGGUGGAAAUUUAUUUUGAGGGCCUACACCAGGGUGUGGGGGAGUCAAGCAUGAAGUCCAAAGGAAAGGGGUCAAAGCGGUGCAGACAGUCUUGGGCAGAGCAGGACGACCCAGACUUUACGCUGGAAACAGAGCCAGGUUCCAGUGAGCAGGAGGGUUCAGAGGCGUCCGUGAGGCUGGGUGGGACGUGGAGAACAUUGAGGGGCGAGGGGCAUGGUCGUACCCGCGUGGGCACGCGCCGCAGGCGGCAGCACGGCAACGCUAAGGAACGCAACGUCCGCAGACUGGAGAGUAACGAGAGAGAGAGGCAGAGGAUGCACAAACUCAACAACGCCUUUCAGGCCCUACGGGAGACCAUUCCUCAUGUCAAAACUGACAAGAAACUUUCCAAGAUCGAGACUCUCACGCUGGCCAAGAAUUACAUCAAGGCCUUAACCACCAUAAUUUUGGGCAUGUCGAAUGCCUGCCUGCCUCACGCCGAGAGUCACAUGGAGACUAACGCCUCCCGGAUCCUCCAGUGCUAUCAGCAGCAUCUACAAGAGGAGGGAGAGGAAGACCUGUCCAAAUAUCUGAGCCAAAUUCACAGCUUCAGUCAGGGCAGCUAACACACACUGCCCCAGAACAGACUCAGUGAGCGCUAAAUGACAGGUGUAAAUAUGUGCACGCUACAUGGAUGAUGAUGAAUACCAGCUCUUUAGACUCACGAAAAGGUCCAUUCGAGUUUACAAGCUAAAGCUGGUCCAUAAAUAGGCUCAUUUAUGUAUACAAUAUGCACAGAUUAUAACAACAUGUUGCCCACAAACAAUGUGGAUGUUAUUUGCCAUCAUCUAUCUUAAUUGUAAGCUAGUGACCCUUUGGAUUAUGAAGGGACAUAAUCUACUGGUUCUUAAUGUAGUUCACCCAAAAUGACACAAAAGAUGCCCAUAGUGAAAUUGAAUGGGUUCCAAAACAACACCGAACCCCCUGAUUUUCAUUGUAUGGAUAAAUAUCUUCUUUUGUGUUCAGCAAAAUAGUCAUAGAGCUCUAACAGCUUUGAAAUAGAUGACAGAAUUUUCAUUUUUGGGUGAACUCUAUCCUUUUAAUAGGGUAAGCUUUUCAUAUAAAAAAUGCAAAGCUGUGGAACAGAUUUCAUAUUUAUUGAGAGGACACGAACCAUGCACAUAUGACACUGAGAGGACUCCACUGUCAUUACCCUGUUAUUUGUCUACAUUUAAUAAUUUAAAACUAUAUUAUCAUUUUCUUUUUCCAGUAGUUUCUCUCAUGUCUGCAUACAAUUUCUUUAUAUGUACAGAAGCAACCUUAAAUAAUGCCCACAAAGGAUGUCACACAAUUGACGCAGUUUCACAUUAGGACCAUUAUUACUCAUAAAUAAUCCAAAUUUAUACACCCACAUAUACAACAUAACAGCAGAAUUGGAAUAAAACUAACUAUUCAUCCUGAUAAAAACCAUUUGGAAAGAUUUAGUAUAAAUACUGUUACUUUCUGAAAUUUGUGCUGCCUUUAAACAGAAUUAUACUACAUACACGUCUAUGAAUGAAAUAUGCAGACAUCCUGAGAAAUAAAUGUUUCACAAAAUUGACUUCACAUUGCCAAGCCAAAACUAAAUACAGCUAAAGUGUCCAAACUUGCACUACCGUUCAAAACUUUGGGGUCGGUAGAAUUUGUUUUCUAUUU